GCUCUCCUCUCCUCUCUCUCUGACAGACUGGCAGUCAGUCAGUGUGGUCCGAACCGCAGUCGGCGGAGGACGGCGUUCCGCAGUCGCUCCCGGAUUCUCGCACACGCUACGGCCUCCAGUCCGUCUCGUGACACUCCCAUGUGGCACUUGUUUACGCCGCCGCUGUCCUUAGCCGAUCCACCUUCCAGCGCCGCACAAAGGAGGGAAUUCCCCUCCUUCCUUCCUCGAGGCGAGAGUGGAGGCAUAUUCUCCACCUCUUGGCGUUUUUAAUAUAUUAAAAAGGGAGUCAGGUUUUCCCCCUGGAAGAGGCGAGGCGUGUGUGUGUGCCAGUCAACGCAGCGGUUGUAAACAAAGGUUGUAGUCAGUGCUCCACCUGACGCCAGUGACAGUGACACCCCCGACAGCCACCCAGCGUCGUCACCGGGGGCUCCUGUUGCUGUUGGCACGCUUUCUUUCAGAGAACAGAGAAUGAUGUUAGCUGCUGCCGGAGGCUGAAUCGGACUGAUCUGAAACGUACGCAAGAUGGCAAGCUCUUCAUAGACAGCCUGUGGAGUUUUGAAAGUGUUCGGUUAUUCUUUGGGCAAAGAUAAAUCAUGGUUUGGAUUCUAUGAACAGGGGGCGCCAAUUAUCGCGUUAUGCAAACGAUGGUGCAAAUGCAGCGUCUUCCGUUGUCUAGGACUGCAAACAACACCCUACAGAAUGUCUACAGUUAAUCAAGAAGAGGCACUCUAGAACCACAAUAGAUACACUGAAGGUUCAGGAUGAGGUGGCGACGGUCGUGUAAGCGGCUCAUGAUUCUACUCAUGUUUGUGUGCAUGACCGUCAAACUCCACCUGGAAUUCCGCCUGCUGGACACGACCAAGGCGAACUCAUUCUCCCCCUGGUGGACUAACGAAACUCUGGGCCACCUCAGGGGGUUUCCCAAGACGAAAAACCUACCCAGAGGGAACGCGACUGCGAAGGAGGGCUCUCUGAAACAUACCCUCCUCGUAGGAGGGAAGUUAGGGAGAGCGGCCGAAUCUGAGAAGUCCCAGACAGACGCCUCCGAAGGGAUUAGUAAAGCCUCUGAUGCCAGAGACGUCGCGGGGUCGAGAAAGAACGACACGACUAAAGGAGUCGGGUCUUCGUCGGACGCUGAGGGGACGAGAUCGAACGGCACCCUUAGCGCCAAAGAGCCCAAGAAAAACAGCACGGAGAAGGUCGCUCUCCCCAAUCUCCAACCGCAGAAAGAGAGGGAGGAGGACCUCCACCUGCCCCACCCUCCCCUCAGCCACAUCCACAGCAACAGGAAGUUGACGAAUGAGGAUGUGGACGCCAAAAAGGACGUGGGCGUCGAGGGCGGCGCCAAGACGAAAACGACCCCUGACGGAAAGCGAGGAGAGACCAUCUUGCACCCCCAAGUGGCCAAACCGAAAGAAGAUACCAAACCCAAACCCAAAGUGGAGCCCAAACCAACCCCGAAGUCGCCCCCGAGGCCACUCCCAAGGCAAGCCCUUCACCCCGGCCCCAAGAAAAAGACUCCGUCGAGGAGGGGCGUGUCCCACGACGUGGACCCGCAGGAAAUGUCCUUGAGUCCAGAGGAAAUCGAGAAGAUCAAGAAGAAGUUGGAGCAGCUGAACGAGGAACAGACGAUAUACAACGAAGAGACCUUCGGCCCCAUCCUGCGAAAUACGACCAUUUUACUUGUCCAGGUCCACAACAGGCUGGAGAACCUGCGCUACUUGGUGGAGAGCAUGAGGAACACGAGGGGCAUCAACGAGUCCUUGGUCAUCUUCAGCCACGACUACUGGUACCCGGCCAUGAACGACUUCGUGACGAACAUCACGGAAUUCCGCGUCAUGCAGAUGUUCUUCCCGUUUUCUAUACAGCUCCACCCGCACAAGUUCCCGGGCAGGGACCCCAGGGAUUGCUCCUGGAACGUCAACAGACUUCAUGGCUUGACUUGCCUGAACAGAGAAUGGCCUGAUAUAUACGGACAUUACCGGGAAGCCUCCUUCACCCAGAUAAAACAUCACUGGUGGUGGAAAAUACAUAGGGUCUUCCAUGACCUAAGAGCCACGAAGGUGAACUACACAGGUCAAGUGAUAUUCCUGGAGGAGGACCACUACAUCCUGCCGGACCUCCUCUACGUCCUCUCCGUCCUUCAGAAGCAAAGGGGCUCUCACUGUAGCGCCUGUCAGGUUCUCGCUCUCGGGAAUUACAACAAAAUGUCCCCGAGCGUCUACAAAAAUUUCGUGGAGCGAGGCGACUGGUGGGUGACGAAGCACAACCUGGGAUUCGCCCUGGACAUGGCCGCCUGGAAGUCGCUGGCCUCCUGCAAGAACCAGUUCUGCCAAUUCGACGACUACAACUGGGACUGGACCCUCAACAACCUCAUCCAAACGUGCUUCAAGCCCAGGAUGUCUAUGCUCUCGGUCAAGUUCUCCAGGGUCAUACACGUCGGCAGCUGCGGGACGCACGUCAAGAAGAGGACGUGUGACGUCCAGAAGGAGGUACAAGCAGCUAAGACGCGAAUAAACCUCGGGCGGGAGUGGCUCUUCCCGAAGCACCUCGCCUACCAGAACGUCUACAGGGGGUCGGGUCGCGUCAAGAAGGGCAACGGAGGCUGGGGAGAUUUCAGGGACCGCCAGCUCUGCAGGGCCAUCUGGAACGGCACUGCCUCCGAGGAGACUCUCAAAAGGCUGGAGAUGAACCAGUUCGGCUGAGUCUGGAUGGAAGACCGCCGCGACAUCGCGAGAACUUUUCCAGGCGGGCUGGAUAAACAUUGCUCUGCUGCUGUGACCGAAUGCGACGACGUAGUCCCUCAAAAAAAAAAAAAAAAAAUUAAUAGAUUCUUUUUGGUGGCGUCUGGAACGCUCAAAACGGCUGAGAAUGAAUCAGUUCGCCUGAAUCUGGGAUACUGUAGAGACGAGGAAGGCAUCUCAAAAGACCGAAACCGAAUCAGUUCGGCUGAAACUGGAACGUUAGAUGCGGAAGAAUUUUUCAAAAGUCCCAAAGUCGAUCAGCUAUUUUGAGUUUGGAACGUUCAAGAGGUCGGUAGAGACUUCCAAAAUCUGGGACUGAAUCAGUUAAGUAUAUCCUGGAACGGCAAGGGUCGGAAGAGGCUCUUCCAAAGCCGGGAACUGGAUCACUUAAGUUGGUUCUGGAAUCCUGUUCAGCGUGGAACGCCGAGGUGGCACGAGAGACUCAAAAGACUGGAACCUAACUGGCUCGGCUGAGUGUCUCGAUAAGAACCAGUGUGAUACCGACAUAUCUGAGUAGGUGGAUGUUGUUCUGCAUUAAUUGUUGAAGAAUAUUUAACUGUUACAACUACUAAAGUAAUUCUGGAAGUGAAUUUACAGUGAAAGUGAAACUGAACUGAGUUGUGUACACAACGAUGACGCUCAAGUUUCUCUUGAAAUAGUGAGAAUAAAUUGAAAAGCAACACAUUCCAAGACUAUUUAAGUGAACAAUGCGAAUCAAGAACUUCACAGAUAUAAUUCUAGCUUGCAAACUGACUAGAAAUGGGUAUAUAUACCAUUUAAAUCUGAUUGUCUGAAAGGUUGAUCAAGAGAUUCGGUGAUGGCGAAUGUCAAAGUUUUUCACGUUUCAAAAAAGCAAAGAAAAAGACGACCCCUUCGUGUUGUGACCACUUUGCUGUGAUUCACGCUAAACCGGAGAUUAAUCAGUAUUAAUACGGAGUCAUUACGAGCGAAGAAGUUCUGGAAUAUUAUGUAGAUAGUCGUCUGAUAAGAGCUCGCUCUGGUGACAAAGUUCCAGUCGAAUAAAUAAAGAUAUAUUUUUUCUGUCCUUGUGUUUAACUCGACAAUGCUGAGGCUGGGAACUGAUUAGACAGUGUUUAUUGAGCCAGCAGAUUACGUGUAUUUCAGAGGGUGCCAAAAUGAGCGUUACCUCAGUGGAACAGGAGGCAAAAAAGAAAAAAAUCGAGACAGAUGUAUUUUAUUAGGGCAGUUUUUUUGCCGCCUUUCAUUCAAAAAGCGUUAAAAGGAAAAAAUCAAGACAUAUACGUGUUUUAUUAGGCCAGUUUUUUGGCGCCUUUCAUUCAAAAUGCGUUAAAGGGAAAAAAUCAAGAUAUAGACGUGUUUUACUAGGCCAAUUUUUUUUUUUUUUGCGCCUUUCGUUCAAAAACGCGUUCCUCUCUAUCGCCUGGAACUUCUGAGAAGACGCUGAGGGCUCUAUCAAGAGGCAGGCGUAUACAGACGUAUAUAACUUCCCAAAUAUCUCGUUCAACCAUUUCUCUCUCUUGUUAUGGAAAAGGACAUCCCUUGGGCAGUGUAGUAUACCUGAGAGGAACUGCUAAAUGGAAAACGGGCGAAAUACGAAGUUGCAUCCGUUCCCCGGCGUAAAAUGUCAAACAAGAAGAAGCAUCAUCAGGAUUUUAUAUAUAUUUUCGAGGACUUAAAGCAUACGGGUGAUACAGUGCUGUGGUGAACAAGAGUGGACAUUCUCCAGUCGCUGGGCUGGCAUCUUUUGAAUUAAGCAUGUC